AGUAGAGACAAUUGGUCCUCUACCAUUAUAAACCCAUCAAAGCUCACACAUCCAUAAGAAAUCUUGUUUUGUAUGCAGUAAACUUGAAAAAACAACAUCCCCACUUUCUUUUUCUCUCUCUUCUUCUCUUUCAUAAAAUUUCUUGGGUGUUGGUUUUUUGUUUAUUUGAGCAACAAAACCGCCUUUCCGUUGCAUUCUAACUUCGCCUGUCGUUUUUACUUCUUUUUAUUCAUCCAAAGUUUCAACCUAAAACCAAACACACUACACAACACAACACAAUUUUCUCUCUCCUCUUUUCUCUCUGAGAGAGAGGUAUCUUCUUCCUCUUUAUAACAGAGACAAGUUAGCUACUUUUAUAACCUUCCUUCAUAUUUUGUUUUUGUUCAUAAUUUCUCACUUUUACCAUUUCAAAUUUUCUGUCUUUUUUUAUUUAUUUUGUAUUUCCUACAUUUCCUUCAGAAACAACACCCAUUUGAUUGUUUUAAUUUUACUCACUUGAAUCUGGAGUUUUCUGUUGAAUCUGUGUUCUUAAGCUUCAGAAAAUUUUAAAAAUUCGUCUAUUUUCCCAUCAAGGUAUCUUUUAUCUCACUAUGGAUAGAAAUGCAUGGGUUAACCAUUAUCAAUAUGGCUCUGUAUUACACCCUGUUGAAUUUGAUGCAUUUUCUGAUGUUAACAAUGAAGUCAACAAAGACAUUGUAUCUGUAGAUUCAGCUCUUCCAGAUGACCUAUUGGAGAGGAUUCUGGCGUAUCUCCCUAUCGCGAGCAUUUUUAGAGCGGGUUGUGUGAGUAAGAGAUGGCAUGAUAUAGUGACUUCAGAACGCUUUUUGUGGAACUUCUCUGUCCAUGUUGUAUCACAUAAGCCCUGGUAUUUCAUGUUUACCAGCACCGAUGAAUCUUUUGGGUAUUCAUAUGAUCCGACCCUUAAGAAGUGGUAUGGGAUUGACCUCCCUUACUUUGUUACCUCCAAUUGGUUCAUUGCUUCGUCUUUUGGCCUCGUUUGCUUCAUGAACAAUGAUAGUAGGAGCGAGCUUCAUGUGUACAACCCCAUCACUCAAUGCAGCAGGAGGCUCGUUGAACCUCCAGGUGUUAAAUUCUCUGAUUACAGCGCCCUUGCAAUAUCUGUGGACAAGGCAUCUCACAACUACAGUGUCUCUAUCGUGAAAUCGAAACAAGUACCAGACAACUUCUACGAAUGGGAUCUGUCAAUCCAUAUCUAUAACUCAGAAACGAUGAUAUGGGUCACGUCCCUCACUGAAGUUUUAAACGGGUGGAGAGCCGGUGAUGAGAGUGUGAUAUGUGAUGGUGUUCUCUACUUCUUGCUGUACUCUACAGGGGGUGGAAUGCCUGAUAAUCGUCAUGGCUUGAUUAAAUACAAUCUCGCAAGCCGAUCAUCCCAUGGUUUAUUAACAAGGAAUUUUAUCCCAGCUCCUUGCUCUUUAACAUGUGGUCGAUUGAUGAACCUCAAGGACAAGUUAGUAAUGGUUGGAGGCAUCGGAAAACAGGAUCGAUCCGACAUAAUCAAAGGAAUCGGAAUUUGGGUCUUAAAAGGUUCCGAAUGGCAAGAAGUUACUCGAAUGCCACAUAAGUACUUUCAAGGUUUCGGAGAGUUCGAUGAUGUUUUCGCUAGUAGCGGAACCGAGGAUCUGAUAUACAUCCAAAGCUAUGGAGCACCAGCCUUGCUUUUAUUUGAUAUGAACCAGAAGCAAUGGAGAUGGUCACAAAAAUGUCCUGUUACCAAGAGGUUCCCUCUUCAGCUUUUCACUGGCUUUUCUUUUGAACCUAGGCUUGAAGUUUCUCCUUAAAGAUGUGGGUGAAUAUUAGUUAUUACUUACAAUCUCAAAACCCUACCAAAAUUUGUCUUUUGGUUAUCAUAACAUCUAUCUUUCAGAACAGUGAAAAGAAAAACAUACCAGCUGGAAAAAUAGCUGCAUCUCCCAAAAAAAAAAAAAAAAUGAGAGCUUUUUUUUUUUGUACUUAAAUCUUUUCCAUUGACAACUGAACUGAAGUACAAGUUCUGAUCACCUUGGGAUUGAAAAUCCAAGACAUAUGUUUAAGUCAUUCUCAUUUUUGCCCUUUAUUUUUAAGAUAAGCAUUUAUUAAUUGUCUCUUUGUGUUUGUGCUAUGAACAACAAAUUGGUUGAUUUUACACAAGGAAACAGACAAAAAUGUCCUAUUAGUAUUUUCUGUUUUUUUUUCUUCUCUUUUUUUGAGUUUUAUAGUACUAUGAAAUGUAAUUAUAUGAACAAUAUUUAUAUCAUUAUGUUGUUGUCCUUGUAUCA